CAGCUGAGCUUUUCAAUUUACUCAAAAAAAAAGUUUAAAGGAUAACGUCAUCGAUUUAAUUUUGAAUAAAAUAGAAAAUUGAAUUCAACAUUUUCUAAAUCUAUUUAUUGAUUUUAUCGUUAUUUGAUCGAUCUCAGCUCAACAUCAAGAUCAAUAUGGGUCUAACGAUAUCAAGCUUAUUUACACGUUUGUUCGGUAAAAAACAGGUCCGAAUAUUGAUGGUUGGAUUGGAUGCAGCCGGUAAAACAACAAUUUUAUAUAAAUUAAAAUUAGGUGAAGUUGUUACAACUAUUCCAACUAUUGGAUUCAAUGUUGAAACAGUUGAAUAUAAAAAUAUUAGUUUUACUGUUUGGGAUGUUGGUGGACAAGAUAAAAUUCGUCCAUUAUGGCGACAUUAUUUUCAAAAUACACAAGGUCUUAUUUUUGUUGUCGAUAGUAAUGAUAAAGAACGUGUCAAUGAAGCAGCUGAAGAAUUACAACGAAUGUUAAAUGAAGAUGAAUUACGUGAUUCAAUAUUAUUGGUAUUUGCAAAUAAACAAGAUUUACCAAAUGCAAUGACAACAUCCGAAUUAAAAGAUCGUUUAGGAUUAGGACAAAUGCGUAAUCGUCAUUGGUAUAUACAGGCAACAUGUGCUACACAAGGUGAUGGACUUUAUGAAGGUCUUGAUUGGCUUUGUACCGAAGUUUCGAAACUUUCUUGAAGAAAAAAAAAACGUUCCAAAUUUGAA